UGGGCCGCCCAGACCUCCUGUCUCUCCUCCAGCCCCAGGGAGGCCUGCAGCCGGGCCCCUUGCCAGCUGCCAGCCGCUGGCAGCAGGCUCAGCAGGUCCCGGGGGCGUGGCGCUGGCCCGUGGCAGGCUCAGCCUAUACAAGCUAGGCAGGCAGCCCAAGCAGCCCAGUGCACUGGGAUGGCUGGCAGCAGGAGGAUCCCACACCCGGCCUGGGGGGCAGCCAUGAGCCCCCUGCUGUACUUUGCCUUGCCUGUGUUGGCCACCUACAUCAUGGUCUCCAUCUUCUUCCUCCGCCGGCCUCGCCUGCUGCAUCCACCUCGCUCUCCAGCCUUCCAGGGCCACCUGGCAGCCCACCGAGGAGGGUCUGGAGAGCGGCUGGAGAAUACCAUGGCGGCCAUGGAGAACUCUCUGGCUCAGAAAGCAGACCUCUUGGAACUUGACUGCCACCUGACCAGGGAUGGCGUCGUGGUGGUAUCACACGACGAGAACCUGAAUCGCCAGUCGGGCCUGAACAAGGAUAUAAGUAGUCUGGAUUUCAAGGAUCUACCCCUCUACAAGGAGGAGCUGGAGAUCUACUUCUCGCCAGGCCAUUUUGCCCAUGGGUCUGACCGGCAUAUGAUACGUCUGGAGGAUGUGUUCCAGAGGUUCCCACAGAUGCCCACCAUCGUGGAGAUCAAAGAAAAGAAUGAUGAGCUCAUUCACAAGGUAGCCGGCCUGGUGAGGAGCUUUGACCGCAACAAGAUCACCAUCUGGGCCUCAGAGAAGAGCUCGAUUAUGAAGAAAUGCAAGGCCGCUAACCCCGAGAUGCCCAUAUCCUUCACAAUGGGCCGAGCAUUCUGGAUGCUGGUGCUCUAUUACCUGGGGCUGCUGCCCUUUGUCUCCCUUCCAGAGGAGUUCUUCUUGUGCUUCCUGCCCACCAUCAUCAACAGGACCUACUUCCCAUUUUCUUGCUCCUGGCUAAACAAGCUAUGGGCUGCAGUUACAAAAUGGUUCAUCAUGAGGAAAAGUCUGAUCCGCCACCUGGAGGAGCGAGGGGUGCAGGUCAUAUUCUGGUGUCUUAACGAAGAGUCAGAUUUUGAAGCGGCUUUCAGUCUUGGGGCCACUGGCAUCAUAACAGAUUUUCCCACAGCCCUGAGGCGCUACCUAGACCACCACAACCAGCAGCCCUAGUCUGAGGCUUUCUCUUCUGUUUCUCUUCCUGAAAAAUAAACAUUUUUGUGUCAGUCACCUUGUUGUGCUUGAAGUGGGGGGUAGAGGGGAAAUCUUUGGGGCCAGGGUUUUAGGACCUGGAGCAAGAAGAGCCUGGGGCCUUAGCCAGCCUGGCCCACUGGUUCCACUACAUUCCAUACCCAGGACAACACCACACCCCGUGCCAGCCUGCUCUCCACUCUCAGGAAUGUCUCAGAGGGUCAGCCAGGUGCCCUGGCCCCCAGCUUCUUGAGAGCUAUAGCUUGUGGUUCCAUUCUCCUGAGACCAUGAACAGCCCCAGGUACACAGGAGCUUAUUCUCCCUCCCCUUGCCCCUGUGGUGGCGAGGGUCAGUUUGUGGGUUCCCUUGCUGCCAACCACAUCAUUUCCACUCCCCGGACUCACCCAUCCAGCCUCAAAGUGGAUUCCCUCACCGAAUAUUGCCAUUGCACAAGUAUUGAGAGUGCACCACA